UCUGUGGCUGAAGCCUGUAUCCACAAAAAGAUCAUGUUCCUUCAGCUCUGCCUGUACAUAUUGCUCUUCCUCUCUGCAUGGUCAUCAACAGGACAUUCUAAAUACAGUAGUCCUCCAGAAGUAGUGAUACCCUUGAGGGCCACUGACACUCAGAAACAUAUUUCCCCAGACUGGCUGUCAUAUAGUCUUCACUUUGGGGGACAGAGACACAUUAUUAUCAUGAAAUCCAACAAAAACUUCAUAUCCAGAAACUUCUUACUAUUUACCUACAGUGACCAAGGUGAUCUCCUUUCAGACCAGCCUUUUGUGCAGAAUGACUGCUACUACCACGGCUAUGUGGAUGAAGUCCCAGAAUCUAUGGUCAUUAUUGACACCUGUUUUGGGAAUUUGCAAGGCAUACUAGAGAUAAAUGGCACAAUUUAUGAAAUCACACCCAAGAACUCAACUUCUACAUUUGAACACUUGCUUUACAAGUUGAAUAGAGAGGAGUCAGAAUCGUUUCCUAUGAGAUGUGGGUUAACAGAAGAGGAAAUAGCACGACAAUUGAAGCUUCAAGAAAGCAAGGACACGAUUCUAAUGCAACUCCCAUAUAAGAAUUGGUGGACCCACCGCAAGCAUCUUGAAUAUUUUGUGGUGAUAGAUAAUAAGCGAUAUGUAUAUAAAAACAAUAAUGCCACAGCUUGUUUGCAAGAAAUGUUGCAAAUUGUCAAUGGAAUAAAUGGUUUUUAUCUUCAAAUAGACACUGAUGUGGCUCUAAGGGCACUGGAAAUUUGGACUGUCUCAAACCAUGUCAAUGUAACACUCACUAUAAAUGAAGUUCUACGGGACUUCUGCAAUUGGAAAAGAGCAAAUGUUGACACACGCACCAGAAGUGAUAUCAUUCAUCUUUUUGCCAGGCAAGGAUAUGGUAUAUAUUUAGGACUAGCUUAUGUAGGUACAGUUUGCACAAUAUUGAAUUGUGCAGUUAACAGUUUUAUGGAAGAUUCACCUCAAAGUAUGGCAUAUGUUAUAGCACAUGAGAUGGGUCAUAAUUUGGGUAUGCCUCAUGAUGAAAAGGAAUGUACUUGUGGGGGAGGAAACUGCAUAAUGGCCCCAUACAAAACUAGUGCCAAUAGAUUCAGCAACUGUAGUUAUGAAAAAAUGUUUUCAACAAUUUUCAACAAAAAUUGUUUACACAAUGUUCCAGAUAUAGUACAAAAACUAAAUGUGACUUCUGUGUGUGGGAAUAAUUUGACUGAAGAAGGAGAGCAGUGUGAUUGUGGAUCCCCUGAGUUAUGUUUAUCUAAUGAAUGCUGUGGCCAACAGUGUGUUUUGACAUCUGAUGCUCAAUGUGAUGUUGGGCUUUGUUGUGAAAAGUGCAAGUUCUUGCCAACAGGCACAAUGUGUAGACAACCGGAAAAUGAAUGUGACCUUCCAGAGUGGUGUAAUGGCACUUCAGCAGCGUGCCCAGAAAAUGUAUAUAAAGAGGAUGGAAUCCCUUGCAAGGGUGAUGGUUAUUGCUAUAACAUGGCAUGUCAUAAACGUCAGGAACAGUGUCAAAGCAUUUUUGGCACUACAGCCAGGAGUGCAAAUGAGAUUUGCUACACGGCAAUGAACAUACGGGGUGACCGAUUUGGUAACUGCGGUAACGAUAGCUAUGACUAUAAAAGGUGCAGUUAUGAUGAUGUACUCUGUGGAAGGAUUCAGUGUGAGAAUGUGCAACAGAUUCCACUUAGGAGAAACCACGAAACAGUGCAUUGGAUUCACUUUAGUAAUAUCACCUGCUGGUCUAUGGAUUUUCAUUUUGGAAGUACCUUAGAUGACAGUGGAUCAGUGAAAGAUGGCACUCCGUGUGGGCUAAAUCACUUAUGCAUUAACAGGAAGUGUGUCAAAAAGUCUGUUUUGUUAACUAACUGUUCAGAAGCUCUAUGCCAUAUGCAAGGUAUCUGCAACAGUAAACACCACUGCCAUUGUGAUGUCGGAUGGGAGCCACCGUUCUGUCUACAGCGUGGCUAUGGAGGUAGUAUAGACAGUGGACCACCUCCAAUGCCAUUUUCUAAUAAAUCACAUAAGAGUAUGCUCACUCUUGGUUUUAUAAUCCUUUCACUUUUUAUCAACAGAGCUAAAGAUGAAUCCAGGAUCUUCUCUUCAAAUCCUACAGGUCUUGAAGAAGUAUUUGUCGAUGUGAACUACCUAGAUGAACUCUGGGACACUGAAUGUAAAAGAACAUGUAUUAAUGUGAUUUUUAAAAAUUCAAGGAGUUUAAAAAAUGAUAAACAUGUCAAUGAUAUUAAGGAGAAAGAACUUAAGGAGGCUAAGCCCCUGAGUGAUAACAUAAGAAAACACAAACAUAAUUCUAAUGGAAAUAAAGAAGAUAAUCCAGGACUUGAGAAUGGAAUUCAAUAG